AUGGAAUCACUCCAAACGUUUCAACCGAAUCAAAAUCUCCAGAAGCUUCAAAUGGGCAAAAUGAGACACCUUCUGACGAAGGUAAUGGAAGAUUCAGAAGAAGAUGAGGAUGACGAUGAAGAGUUGGCUUUAAUGGUUAAGAAACUGAAAAAGAUGGCAACGAAGGCAAAGAUAAACAAGUUCAAGAAGCAAUUCAAGAAUCCUAAGCCAUCAAAAGCCAAAAAGCUAAACUUUAAGAAGAAAUCAAAUGGCGAAGAUGAGGAAAACAAGGACGUGAUAUAUGAUGAUGAAUGCGAACAAGAAUAUGCCAAUAUCUGCUUAAUGGUAAAAUCAGACUCUGAAUCAAGUUCUGAUGAAGAAGAUGAGGUUAGUAAUUCCAAUAUUCCUGAAGCAGUUUCAAAUUACAUUGAUGAGUUAAUUUCUGUCAAUAAAACUGCUUUCAAGAAAAUUUCUGAAUUGAAGAAGGAGACUCAACAAGAUGACUCUGCCACUGAAAAUCCAGCAUCUGAAGAAUCUGACAAAGCAUCUGAUGAACUGGCGAUAGGCGAAAGUAAUCAAAAUCAAAGAUCUGAUGAAAUUCCAGAAUCAUCAAACCAAGAAAAUAAUGAGGAAUCAUCAAAUCUUGACAUUGAAAACAAUGAAAGAUUCAACAAAAACUGGAAGCAUAAAUCCAGUCAUCGUCAUGAUCUUAUCAUUGGAAGCAUAGAUGAAGGAAUCAAAACAAGGGCAAAGGCAAAAGAAGUUAUAAACUCGCUGGCUCUUAUCUCUGAAGUUGAACCAAAGAAUAUUGAUGAAGCCUUGAAAGAUGAAAGUUGGAUUGAAGCCAUGCAAGAGGAACUGUUACAGUUCAAGAUCAAUCAAAUAUGGGAACUCGUUCCAAGACCCAAAAAUCACCUAGUUAUUGGAAUAAAAUGGGUAAUUUUAUGGACGUGCUUGUAG